GCUUAUUCAGUUUUCUGUGAUGAGGUAUGUUUACAAAUGCUAAAAGGCUGUACAUUUUGCUCUAUUCCAGUGCCUGAUGACCUCUCCAUAGAAGAAAGAGAAGAGCUUUUAAAUAUUCGUCGCAGGAAAAAAGAACUGAUUGAUGAUAUUGAGAGAUUAAAAUUUGAAAUUGCUGAGGUUAUGACAGAAAUUGAUAAUCUGACUAGUGUAGAAGAAAGCAAAACUACACAAAGAAAUAAGCAAAUAGCCAUGGGAAGAAAGAAAUUCAACAUGGACCCUAAGAAGGGAAUACAGUUUCUGAUAGAAAAUGACCUCCUGCAGAACACUGCGGAAGACAUUGCACAGUUCCUUUAUAAAGGAGAAGGAUUAAAUAAAACGGUAAUUGGAGAUUACCUCGGUGAAAGAGAUGAAUUUAAUAUUAAAGUUCUUCAGGCUUUUGUUGAACUCCAUGAGUUCGCCGAUCUCAAUCUUGUACAAGCCUUAAGGCAGUUUCUGUGGAGCUUCAGACUCCCAGGAGAAGCUCAAAAAAUUGAUCGUAUGAUGGAAGCUUUUGCUUCACGCUAUUGCCUUUGUAACCCAGGAGUCUUCCAGUCUACAGAUACAUGCUAUGUGCUGUCAUUUGCGAUCAUUAUGUUAAAUACCAGUCUACACAACCACAAUGUAAGAGAUAAACCAACAGUAGAGAGGUUUAUUUCUAUGAAUCGUGGAAUUAAUGAAGGUGGGGACCUUCCAGAAGAAUUGCUACGGAAUUUAUAUGAAAGUAUUAAGAAUGAGCCGUUUAAAAUUCCAGAGGAUGAUGGAAAUGAUCUAACGCAUACAUUUUUUAAUCCAGAUAGAGAAGGUUGGCUGCUGAAAUUAGGGGGAAGAGUAAAAACGUGGAAACGGAGAUGGUUUAUUCUGACUGAUAAUUGCCUGUAUUACUUUGAAUACACAACAGACAAAGAACCUAGAGGAAUUAUUCCAUUAGAAAAUCUUAGCAUAAGAGAAGUUGAAGACCCUAGAAAGCCAAACUGCUUUGAGCUCUAUAACCCCAGUCAUAAAGGUCAAGUAAUUAAAGCAUGUAAGACUGAAGCUGAUGGUAGAGUGGUGGAAGGCAACCAUGUAGUGUAUAGAAUAUCUGCUCCCACCCCAGAAGAAAAAGAAGAGUGGAUUAAAUCUAUCAAAGCAAGUAUCAGCAGGGAUCCCUUUUAUGACAUGCUGGCAACAAGGAAACGAAGAAUUGCAAAUAAGAAAUAG